AUGACGGUACAUGUAUUACACGUCGGUCUGAUUGCUGUGAUCUGCUCUAGUGAGAUCUUUGUGGCAAACGGCUCAGCGCCCGUCACGGCUUCGGAAGCGUUUGCGUUGGCCGAGCAUGAUGAGCACCAGGCAGUGCCACACCGCGUGAUCGCCUCUACGAUCAGCCGAUCCAAGGGACGUUGCGCCGUCGAGUGCCUGAAGAAGGACAUUUGCCGACAGUUUUGCUACGGAAAGACCACCGGGCAGUGCGUGCUGGAAGAUGCCAGCUUCGUCGAGGCGAGUGUACGUGCGACUGUGCCCGGUGCUGAUAACUGCACUUAUUAUACCAAACAAGGAUGCAGCAGCACGUACUACCUCUACCCGUAUCAGCGCAUGCACCCAUUCCUUAAGCUUUCGUUUGAUGGCGAGACCGUGUUGGACUUCGCUGUCAUAGCCAGGGACAAUGCCGUGAUCCUGUUCUCGAGUGAUAACACGGUUGAGGGAAUGCAAUACCAACUGGUUCUUGGCAAUAAUGAGACCUUCAUCAGAGAAUUCCCGAGCAGCAAUCCAUCGUAUACCGUGCCAUCCCCAGGCGUCCUGAGCGAGACCGAGUUUCGUCGCUUCUGGCUGCGGUACGACCGAGGUACUUUCGUGCUGGGUAAACACCGGAAGCCGGCGUACUUGCGGUGGACAAAAACCAGCCCUAUCAGCAGGUACUUCAGCUUCUUCGGCUUUGAAAACUCCACAACUUGGGUCUUGUAUCAUACCUGUCCGUUAGCAUGAGGUCUAUUAAGCGGAGUGCCACAUCCAGAAAACGAGUCUUUAGAACGUCGCCCCACCCUCCCACCGUCCUUUGAGAAAACAAGCGGUCGUCUUCUUUGGGUGAAAGUUUCUCGAAAA